CGAGACAGGAGAGAGCCUAUCAGGAACUGGAGAGAGUUCAAGAAUUGUUUAGUAGAGCGUUUCCAAGCCGAUGGGGGAGGAGACUUCUAUGAGCAGUUCUUUGCUCUAACUCAGGAGGGGACCGUGGCUGACUAUCGGGAUAGAUUCGAGUACUUGGCUAGCCGUUUGGAUCACAUCUCAGAAUCGGCACUGGAGGGGAAUUUCAUGAAGGGGCUCAAACCGGAGAUACGAACAGCUGUCAGAGUGCUAGAGCCAAGGAACUUUGGCAAGGCUAUGGAGCUUGCACAAUUGGUGGAAGAUCAGAAGAGAUCAGAAAGAGGAGCUCGAGGAAACUACUUAGGAGGAUCGUACAAGAUGACUACUGCUGUAUUACCCUCCAAAGGGUAGCCCCAGGGAACCAGAGGGAGGUGCCCAAGGAGAGAUCUGGUGGAGGAAAUGGGGGACAAUUCAAGAGGCUGACAGAGAAUGAGAUGCAAGAAAAGAGAGCAAAGGGGGUGUGCUUCCGUUGUGAUGAGAAGUACAUGCCUGGGCAUAGAUGCAAGGACCGAACUCUUCAAGUUUUCCUAGUCUGUGAAGAUGAGGAAGAUGAGGAGGGAGGUGGGAGUAGGACUGAAGAGGAGGAGGAGAAGCUGCACCUGGAUGUGGCAGAAGUCUCCCUCAACUCUGUAUUGGGAUUCACCCCGAGUCACACUAUGAAAGUGAGAGGAGAGAUAGAUGAUCGCGAGGUGGUUGUGUUGAUCGAUAGUGGGGCAACCCACAAUUUCAUUUCCACCCAGAUCGUUGACCAGAUGGGAAUGGAGCUAGUGGAUAUAGGAGGCUAUGGGGUGAUGAUGGGCACGGGAAAGGUGAAAAUGGGUAGAGGAGUUUGUAGAGGAGUGGUGCUGAAGAUUCAGGGGAUCCAGGUGAAUGAGGACUUCCUUUCCUUGGAAUUGGGAAGUACUGACGUCAUCCUAGGGAUGAAAUGGUUGCGUAUAUUGGGGGAGACUAAGAUCAAUUGGGGGACACUGAGGAUGGAAUUGGUGAUAGGGGGGAGAAGGAGGAUGAUUCAGGGUGACACUGGGUUGACCAAAGCUGGGGUUUCUCUCAAAUCCCUAAUCCGGACCAUUCAGCAGGAGGGAGGAGGCUAUUUGGUGGAGUUGCACAGUUUGGAGGGAGCAAGAGUGGAGGAGGGAGGAGACAUACCCCUCUCUGUUCAACCGCUGAUUCAGCAGUUCCAAGAGGUGUUUCAGCCGCCUCAGGGAUUACCACCGUCGAGGGAGCGAGAGCAUGCUAUUGUGUUGAGGGAUGGGGUUUCACCCAUCAGCGUACGUCCUUUCCGCUGCCCUCAGUUCCAGAAAGAUGAAAUUGAAUGGUUGAUUAGAGAGAUGCUGGAAGCAGAGAUCAUCAGACCCAACAUCAGCCCUUUCUCUAGUCCUGUUCUGUUGGUGAAAAAGAAGGACGGCAGCUGGCGAUUUUGUGUGGAUUACAUAGCACUCAACAAGAAGACUGUACCUGAUAAGUUUCUUAUACCCGUUAUCGACUAGUUGUUGGAUGAAUUAAGCGGGACUGAUAUUCAGCAAGAUAGAUUUGAAAUCGGGCUACCACCAGAUUCAAAUGAGGAAGGAAGAUGUUCCCAAGACGACUUUUAGAACUCAUGAAGGCCAUUAUGAGUUCUUGGUGAUGCCUUUUGGUCUCACCAAUGCCCCUGCUACUUUCCAGGACCUGAUGAAUAAGGUUUUCAAACCAUAUCUCAGACGGUUUGUGUUAGUAUUUUUUGACGACAUCCUGAUAUACAACAGGUCAGAGGUCGAACAUUGGGAACAUUUAAAAAAGGUGUUAGAGGUAUUGCAGGAGCAUCAGCUGAGGGUAAAUUUAAAGAAAUGCUGCUUUUCACAAGCCAGUGUAGAGUACUUUGGUCAUGUGGUAUCAAAGGAAGGGGUGGCAGCGAAUCAAUCCAAAAUUGAGGCGAUGCUACAGUGGCCACUACCGAAAAGCCUGAAGGCGCUAAGGUGAUUUCUGGGAUUGACAGGUUAUUACAGAAGAUUUGUAAGGGUUAUAGCACCAUAGCAUGGCCACUUACGGAGA